AAAUGAGCACAUAUAAAAUUUGCAGAAAAAGAUUUGAAGAACAAAAUAAGACAAAACUUUGUGGAAGAAAACAAAAAAGCAGUCGUCCUCCGAUGGCAGCAAAGAGAGUGGGCGCUGGUAUGGGGACUCACGCUCUCUGCUACAAGAUGAAGAUAAUAUUAUGGCGGAAUGCCUCUUCUCUUCUCACUCCUACAUCAUACUCUCUCUCUCUUGAAUCUCCUGACUUCGUUCCUACACUACUACCUAGAAAUAUUGCUAUAAAUAGUAUUUUCGCAUACAAAUGGCGUCCUCGGCGCCUUUCUCUUACUGUUACUCUCCCCAAUUUCUUGCCCUUUUCAACCCCAUUUCCACCAACAACAAUCCCUCUUCCCCUUCCACUUCUUGCUCUCCUUCCCCUUAUUCUUCUUAUCCCAAUCAUUGGCAUCGUCGGCGAGGCCAUUCCCGGAAUCUCGCAGCCUUUUCCGGGUUGAAGAAUAUCCUGACGAAUCAGAACCUUAAAGCUCAAGCCAUGAGUACAUCUCAGGGAAACCUCGAUCCAAAUCUUGCUUCAAAGGUUGCCUCACCAAGGGGCAUUGUAAAUACAGAGGAUAGACCCGAUCAUCUUCUUGUUCUUGUGCAUGGUAUAUUGGCAAGCCCAAGUGAUUGGACUUAUUUUGACAUGGAGUUAAAGAGACGAGUAGGAAAGAAGUUUUUGAUUUAUGCUAGUUCAUGUAAUAUGUACACUAAGACUUUCACGGGGAUUGACGGUGCUGGAAAACGACUUGCGGAUGAAGUCAUUCAGGUUGUGAAAAAGACAAAGAGCCUAAAGAAGAUAUCCUUUCUGGCCCAUUCACUUGGUGGAUUAUUCGCAAGAUAUGCAAUCGCUGUUCUGUACACUCCUGAUGGCUCUUACCAGUCCAAUGAUGUAGCUGUCUCUCAUGCUACAGAACUCCAUUCGUUGGGCUCUUCAAAUAAAGGUUUGAUUGCUGGGCUGGAGGCGAUUAACUUUAUUACCCUGGCAACACCUCAUCUAGGAGUGAGAGGAAAUAGGCAGCUUCCGUUCCUUUUUGGUGUACCUUUCUUGGAGAAACUUGCUGCUCCUAUUGCCCCUAUUUUUACUGGCCGAACUGGGAGUCAGCUCUUCCUCACAGAUGGAAAACCGAGUAGACCCCCUCUUUUAUUGAGAAUGGCUUCAGAUUGUGAGGAAGGAAAAUUUAUAUCGGCACUUGGUGCUUUCAGAUGCCGGGUCCUUUAUGCUAAUGUCUCUUAUGACCAUAUGGUUGGUUGGCGCACAUCGUCCAUACGAAGAGAAAAGGAGCUUUUCAAGCCUCCUAGGCGAUCUUUGGAUGGCUACAAACACGUUGUUGAUGUGGAGUACUGCCCCCCCGUUUUAUCUGAGGCUCCCCAUUUCCCUGCAGAAGCAGCGAAAGCAAAGGAGGCUGCUAAAAACGAACCCAGCGUGCAAAACACUGUAGACUACCAUGAGAUUGUGGAAGAGGAAAUGAUUCAUGGUUUGCAGCGACUAGGAUGGAAAAAAGUUGAUGUCAGCUUUCACUCGUCAUUCUGGCCCUUCUUUGCGCAUAAUAACAUCCAUGUGAAAAAUGAAUGGUUUCAUAACGCUGGAGCUGGCGUUGUGGCGCACGUUGCGGACACCAUAAAGCAGCAGGAGAUGCAACACGACUCACCUUCCACUUUCAUUGCUGCUAAUUUGUAGCUCUACGGUUGUAGUAUAACGUCUCUGUCUUCCUCUCUAUAUUUGUUACAGCGACAGCAUAUAUUAAUUAAUAAAGAUGAGUCAUGAGUGAAGAAUUCCUAAGCACUUCGUGGAUCUGUUAAAUAGAUGAUAUGACAGAUGCAAAUACUGUUCUUAUUGAUGAAGCAGAAUAGAAUUCCAGAUGUACACUAAUAUCUUAAUCCGACGGAGGAAUUUGUGGAUGACACUAAUAUUUUGUUUGUAUUC